UCCUCUUUGGCUAACAUCACAGAGGAAAUGGUCAAUACUGCUGAUAUCAAUGAUGCAGUUGAAGUUGUCACUUCCAUUAUUAUUCAGGCAGCCGAAAAAACAAUGGGAAAAACAUCAACCAGAUAUCCAAAGCAUCCGAAACCAUGGUGGUAUCAGAAUUGCGAGGCAGCGUUUAAAAAACAAAAGAAAGCAUGGGAGAUUUCCAGAAGAUACCCCACUGCUAGUAAUUUGAUUGCUUUUCAAAAAGCAAAGGCAAAUGCUAGAAGAAAUAGAAGGCAAAGCCAAAGGGAUUCUUGGAGGAAGUAUGUUUCUAGCAUAACCUUUAACACCAGUUUAAAAGUAGUUUGGGAUAAAAUCCAUAAAUUUAAUGGGAAAUAUGCUACUUAUUCUCUGUCCAUGCUGGAAAAUAAUGGCUUAGUAAUCAGCGAUAUACAGGGUAUUGCUUAUACGUUGGGUAAAACGUUUUUUUCAUCAUCUAGCAAUAUUAUAUAUCGAAGGAAUUUUCAGGUUUAUAAAGCCCAAAGUGAAAAACAAAAUUUAAAUUUCCAUACCUCAUCUAAUGAAAAAUAUAUGUGCCAUUCACCAUCAUAGAACUAUAUACAACGAUCUCUUG